AAUUUUCCGAAAAAUAAAAAACUUCGCUUCAUAUAUUUACACGAAAUUCGUAAAUUAUUUUUCUAGAAAAAAAAAAAAAAAAAAACGAAGGAAGAAAUUUGUCCAACAAUUAACAGAAAUCGAGAAGCAGGGAACGAACAUAGAGAGUAGAAGAUUCAGGAGUCUUCUCUUUCUAACAUCGAAUGAUCUUCGGCUCCUUGCUCCUUCCAUCCGAUUUUGAUUUGAUUUCUAUAUGACAACAGGGAGAUCUUCGCUUUCACUUGAUUAGAUCCGAUUGAUGGACAAUAUUGUGCGUAGAUGAUAUGAGAAAUAGCUCCACGCGAUAGAUACUCAACUAUGUUUUCUGCAUAGUUAUACCAUUACUUUGGAUCAACAACUUCAGUUGCUUAUUGUAUAAAUCAAUCAGGUUAAAUGUGAUGGUGAAAACAAAGCAAGGACAGAAUAAUCCUAAUCAUCUUUCUGGCUCUUCAAACUCUGUUAUUGAUUUGGAUAUGCAUGAAGAUGAUAGUUGGGUGGUGGUAAAGAAGCAGAAAGUCACAAUCCUAGUGCCUCCUAUUUCAAUAGUAACAAAAUCCUCAACUCCCAAUGAAGAACAAAGGCAGCUGCAACCAAUUACCCAAAAAGUAUCUAAUUGCCAAACAGAAGCUCUUGCAGAGACAUGUCUUGAAUCGCCCGCUACCGUGCUGCCAUCAUCUUCUAAAACUGUUAAUCAACAAAGUUCAAAAUCUGCUGGUGCUCAUUGUAAUUUGACAACGAAAGAGUCAUCGAAGCAAGCUAUCACACCCCUAAAUCCAGAUGAAGCUUGUGAUUCAAGGCCUUGUAAGGUUUUAGGAUUAUUGAACAGCACAAAAUCUAUGAAGCAGCAGCAACCUAGACAGUUACAUUACCCUGGUGGCUUUCUCACAGGAGGCACAUUGUUAAAUCAAAGACUCAGGGCACUUAAUCUGGAGAGGAAGCUGCAAAAAGCUGGUGGUUUAAGCAGGUGGUUGGAGUCACUGGGACUGAACCAAUUUGUGGGCAUUUUCCAGAGAAAAAGUAUCAAUAAGUUUCACCUGGUAAAUCUAACCAUGAAAAAGCUGAAAGAUAUGGGUGCAAAUGCGGUGGGGCCGCGUAGAAAACUGAUACAUGCAAUUGAAUGUGUCUGUCAACCCUACAAUUCUGAAACUUUUGAACGGGUUUAUGGGAUUUAACUGAUGUUUUAAACCUGUCCUUCAGCUUUCUGGCAAGCAUUUCUAUCCUUGGUGUGUAUUGAAUUGUUGGUUGUACAAAGAGAUGGAUGGAUAUAUCGGUUUAGUUCUACAUGUGUCUAUUGAGUCUUCAAAGGAUUGAUGGCUGAAGAAGUGAAUGGUUUGAGUAUCUGUCUCUUGCCCUUGCAUCUGGAUUUUCUUCUUCGAUGGUCAGGGGAUUCAAAAAUAGGCAGAGAACUCUGUAAAGCUCUAGAAAACACGUGUUCUCUCAAAUAAUAAACAGUCAGCAUGAUGAUAGUGGUGAUUUGAGAUGCAUCUUUCAUCUGUCCUCGUUUUACUCCCCAUUUUGUGCAAUAGGAGAUUGUUCAUUGGUGUAGAUACACAGCAAUGGGUCUAGGAGUUUGAAAAUAAUACCAAGCUAUUAGAGCAAUCAAUAGAAAGAAGGUAGUUGUACUGGUUAUUUGGGAAAUUCUUAUAGAAAUUUUGUGAUUUUUUUUCAAACAGAUGAAAGACGCUUAAAGACUCGUGAAAUUUUGUGAAACCUAAAUAUUGGUCUUUAUGUUUAUGCUCUUUUUGAAA